UUGUUUUUAUCUUACACAGAUCGUACCAUGCAAUGUGAGAUUGGCAUUCAAUGAGCUCAUCGGAGACACCAUGACCUUCGACGCUCUUGGGGGCCCAUACACUAUGCAGGUCGAGAAGGGGCGAAAGAUAACCCAGAUAGGAGGAGAUGAUUGGGAUCGUUUCAUCGCCCGCAUGUGUCUUAGUGGGGGUGAAUUGAUCUGCUUCUCCUUCAGAAGAGAUAGGCCCAGGAUUUCUGUUAUCUAUCUAAAUUUGAUUCCGGAUAGUGAGGAUGAAGUUCAUGAGGAGGAAGAUGGUGCUGAUUCAGAUGAUGACGAUUCAGAUGAUGAUGAGAACCCACUUGCUGAAUACCUGUAUGCCCAAGGACUCAGACUGGGCGACGAGGAAAUCGGCAACCUCUGGGACAUGCUUCCGCUACGUGAAGACUACCUAGGGAAGCCAUUCGUGACCCGCCUCACAAGGACGAAUGUUAAACGGCAUAUCAUGAAAUUACCUAAGAGGUUACUUGAUAGCUGUGGCAUCGACCCGGACGAAGAAGGCAUGGCUGCUGGACUACGCCUUACCAGAACGGGCUCCAUCACACCAGCUGUGCCUAUGUAG